GCAUAUUGAAAUUAGCACUCACAAACAAAGAAGGCGUUUGGAGUCUGAUAAUAUAUAGUCUUUGAAGGAACAAGGGAUCUAAAAUGGCUUUAACCGGAAAGUUGAUUAUGUACGUAGACAUCGCUUCACAUGGAGAUAUAUUCCAUGAGAUGUUUAGGCACAGACCACACGACCUUACUUCGAUUUCCCCAGAUAACCUCCAUGGUUGUGAGAUCGAUGGUGAACCAGGAGCUGUUGGGUCCAUCGUCUUCUUCAACUAUACCCGAGAUGGAAAAAAGGUAAGUGCAAAGGCGAGGCUUGAAGAAGUUGACGAGAAAAACCACAAGGUAGUGUACAAUAUAAUUGAAGGAGAUCUUGUGGAAGAGUUGUACAAGUCCUUCAAGAUUAUAUUUCAUGUUGAACCAAAGGGUGAUGGGCAGUUGGCGAUUUGGACACUUGAGUUCGAGAAAAUGAAUGAGACUAUGCCUUAUCCAACUUCUUUCAUGGACUAUGCAUUGAACAUUACCAGGGACUUGGAUGCCCAUCACACUAAUCGCUAGAGGAUUUGCAAGUUGAAUGGAUCAAAAGGAGGUUCAGUGUCUGCAUUUAGGCCAUUAAAUAUAUGGCUACGUAUCUGGGAUUAAGCUGUUUUAAGUGUAUGUUCUGAUUAUCAUGUUUUUGUAACGUUGUUUUUUUAAGUACUGUUUGUAUUUUGAAGUCUUGUGUAAGUGCCAAAUGAGAUUGUAAUAUAUGAUUGUAUGAAGAUUGUUAGUGAAUCUUUAAACA